GCUGAGUAUCCUAUCUUUCAAACUUUAAAGUGUUACAGUUCUAUACGAAAAAGUGCGGUACUUUUUCGACCUUAGGGAGUGCAAUGUUGCAUAUAAAGGCGUGAUGGUGUGACCUUGUGGCCGUAACAACAUGUUUAUAUGACAAAGUAAGUGAGUGUAAAUCACUAAGUAAACAGCUUUUUGAACAGUAUAGUGUCGAAUGAUGGCCGACAGUCAUUCUUCAUAGUAGUAAUUAACAGUGUAGUUAAGUAGUACAUUUUCUUGAGUACGUAUGUGGUAGAACAAUGCAGUGUUAAUGUGCAGAAUACACUUGUCCUUCAAGGAUUCAUUAGUAAGCUAAUAACAGCGGUGCUUCUCUUAGUUAGUCGAGCCAAACAAGUGAAAGAGUACCUCUCUAGUUAAGUAAUAUCAACUCAAAUCAACAUAUUCGCGAAUGAUAUAUGGCAAACAGUCGGAAUUCCUUGGAAAUAUAAAAAGGGCAUUUUUUGUAUUGUCACUUAGGGUUAUGGUCAGAAAUGUGAGGUGUUGAAUCGAUGUACUUCGUCUUGGCAAUCAAUCGGUGUUUUCAGAACUGAUUACCGUUACAUAUUUAUUGCACGAGGAUAAAAAACAUGCCAAAAGUUUUUCGACCUUCCAUAAAACAAGUGAAAAGUCAAGUAAAAACAAAUGAACAGGAAACCCAAAAAAAUGACAGUAAGGAGGUAGUUGAUGCACCACCAGUUACCGAACCACCAUCCUGCACAGUUCCAAGUGAACCAAUUAACAGUCCCCAUUUAGUUUCAGAAUGCGUUUCAGAAAAUCCAGAAACAGAAGACCAAAGGCCAACUGAUCUUGAUUCAGAAGUCUCCGUUAAUGGUGAGAAGUCUCAGCCAUCCGGAGAAUUAGUGAACUUGUUUGUAACUAAAAAGCCCCGAAGGGUUAAGACAAAGAUAACAGAAGCAAUUCCUCCUGUAGAUCAACCACUUGAUCGGUCUUCUGUCACUCUUCGUUCGUUACUGCAUUGGGUUCCCAUUAAUAAACCACCUCCAACUUAUCGACAAGACCGUCUGGACUCUACUACUUGUUCAGUUAAUGGCGAUGCAGAAGCCUCUAAUAAAACGCAAGAAGACAAUUUUGCUAACAUUGAAGUUAAAGAAACAUCCCCGAAAAUUGCACCCAGUGACGCUUAUUUAGAUCCGUUAGCACCACAGUUACGCAUUGAUGCCAAUGGAAAUAUAGUUUUGGAUGAAACCAGUUUAUUGAUUAAAAAGAGUGAAAAUCUUGAUAUGAAGAACUUGCGUCACAUUAAUGAGGAGACAGGUGUACUUAACGUCAACUAUAACAGCUUCCGACCUCCUCGUGAUUGCCAUGCGAAAAGGUGGACGGAACGAGAGACUACACGGUUUUAUAGAGCUUUAAGUACUAUUGGAACUGAUUUUUAUGUUAUGGAGAAAAUGUUCCCACGUCGUAAAAGAUCCGAACUAGUGAAUAAAUUUAAACGAGAAGAGAAACGGAAUCCUUACCUUGUCAACCAAGCAUUACGUAACCGACGAACUUAUGAUCUAAUUAACUUGCUACCUUCAAGUGAUGAAGAGAAUGAUGAGAAAUCCGAGAAACCUUCAAAGAAUAGCAAGAGGAAAAAUAAAUGUGGUCAAGACUCAACUACCUGCAGUGAUCAGUCAUCUGAAAAAUGUCCUAAUGAAUCGGGUAAAUCUAAGUCUAAAAGAAGGAAAAGUAGUGUACUCUGUCCAGAUCCUUAUUUCGAAGAUCGUUUAUCGGAUACAAUCGACUUCGUUUUAUCUCAAUAUGCCAAUUCCAACUCGUCUAACCAUGAAUCUGAUUCAACUGAACAAAUUACAGAUGAACAACAAAAUAUUAAGAAAAUUACUCAUCGAUAUGGACUUAGACGUUCAUCACGUAAUAUACCAACUUUAGAAAAAAUGAUCUCAGCUAAAGAAGCCGAAUUAGCUGCUUCUAGAGAAAAUAAAGAUAAAUGUGAUUUGGAUUUACCUCUUCAGUCUUCACCUACAGACAAGCACUUGUCAAGUUGUCCAAAGACAGUAGUUCCUAAACAUCCUAAAUCUUAUUUCCCACCAAAAGUUAAUCUUUUCAAAUUCAAGGAUAGUAUUUUAGGGGAAUCAUAAUAACAAUGUAACUUUUCUAAUGUACUGUAUAUAAAAUGUCUUUACAUAAAUGUUCAUAUUUUAAUUGCCUUUAAAUAAAGCAUUUUUACUUCACUACACUUUCAAGUGUUAUUGUAUCUUUUAAUUGGGGGUGGGGGCGGGAUCAAAACAUCAACUGUCAUCAGG